CUCCUUCUUACGCAUGCGCGACUCCGAGCUGGCCCAAGAAGUUCGUAGCCUUUGUCAGGCCCGGGAUGGGAGGUUCCAGCCUCGUAGCACCGAGCCAGGCUCGAGAGUGAAGAAGGAGCCCGACCGCACCUGAUUGAAGCCUCCCAGCAGAGCCCCCGGAGGGAAGGCAGGACGGAGGACGACGAGGAGCUUCUCACCAUUCCGCUCGGACAAGUCUGAACUGGGGAGGGGGGAGAUCAGAAUAUUCAGAACCGGGAGCAGGUGGUGAUCAUGGAGACCGACAUGCUCGAGAAGACAGCUCUGUCUUCCCAGGAUUCUCCCUUUUCCCAAGAACAGAGCACAGAAGAGGGAGAAGUGGCAUCUCUGCGCCUCACAGCUAGAUCCCAGGCACCAGUGACAUUCAAGGAUGUGGCCAUGGACUUUACCCCAGAGGAGUGGGGGAAGCUGGAUCCUGCACAAAGGGAGGUGAUGCUGGAGAACUAUAGGAACCUGGUUUCGCUUUGGCUUCCAGUCUCCAAACCUGACAACUACAAUUUGGAGAAUGGAAAAGAACCGUUGAUGCUUGAGAGGAAAACCCCCAAAAGCAGCUAUUCAGACCUGGAAUCUAAACCUGAGGGCAAAGAUUCAACAUCAGUGCCAGAUACUUCUAAAGAAGAAUCAUGCCAGACUGCAAUAAUAGACAGACUGACAAGAAAUAGUGUCUAUGACUCCAACUUGGAAACAACUCUUGAAUGUGAAAAUUGGUUAGAGAGUCAGCAAGGGAAUCAGGAAAGACACUUGAGGGAAAUGUUCACCCAUGUAAAUUCACUCCCUGAAGAAAGAGAUAAUAAGCGUGAUAUAUAUUGGAAAAACUUUAGUCAGAAAUCUGUUCUCACUCAAGACAGAUCUCCCAAAGGACCCUAUGUCUUUCAUACACUUGAAAAAAGGUUGAAACAGAAAUCAAACUUAAUGAAAAAGCAAAGAACCUGUAAAGAGAAAAAACCUCAUAAAUGUAAUGAUUGUGGUGAACUCUUCACUUACCAUUCAGUGCUUAUUCGACACCAGAGAGUCCAUACUGGAGAGAAGCCCUAUAGUUGCAGUGAAUGUGGGAAAUCAUUUAGCCACAGAGCUAAUUUAACUAAACAUCAGAGAACUCAUACUAGAAUUCUCUUUGAAUGCAGUGAAUGCAAGAAAGCCUUCACAGAAAGCUCAUCCCUUGCAAUACAUCAGCGAAUUCACAUUGGAGAGAGACCUUAUGAAUGCAAUGAAUGUGGAAAAGGUUUUAAUCGAAGUACACAUCUUGUGCAGCAUCAGUUGAUUCAUACUGGAGUGAAGCCUUAUGAAUGUAAUGAAUGUGAUAAAGCUUUCAUUCAUUCAUCAGCUCUCAUUAAACAUCAAAGAACUCAUACUGGAGAGAAACCCUAUAAAUGUCAGGAAUGCGGGAAGGCCUUCAGCCAUUGCUCAUCCCUUACUAAACAUCAGAGAGUUCAUACUGGAGAAAAGCCAUAUGAAUGUAGUGAAUGUGGAAAAACCUUUAGUCAGAGCACACAUCUUGUUCAGCAUCAGAGAAUUCAUACUGGAGAGAAACCCUAUGAGUGUAAUGAAUGUGGGAAAACCUUCAGCCGGAGCUCAAAUUUUGCUAAACAUCAAAGAAUUCAUAUUGGAAAGAAACCAUACAAAUGUAAUGAAUGUGGAAAAGCCUUCAUUCAUUCAUCAGCUCUUAUUCAACACCAGAGAACUCAUACUGGAGAGAAGCCGUACAGAUGUGAUGAAUGUGGGAAAAGCUUUAAGUGCAGUUCAUCCCUCAUCAGACAUCAAAGAAUUCAUACUGAAGAGCAACUCUGAAAAAUUACUGAAUGUGAAGAAAUGUAAGUUGACUUUAUCACUGUGUUAAAUACCUGAAUUUUUUAUGGAAUACCCAUAAAAUGCUGCUCAAGGACCAAUUCUGUAUGUGUCUACUUUUAUUUGCAUAGCACAUAGUUUUGAGCCAUAGACAGAAUGCUCCUUAUAUCCAUUGAUUUGAUUAUUAUGAAAGCUGGUGAGGGAUCUCAAAUUUUGCUCCCCAUCCGUCACCCACCAUCACUACCAAGUACCCUUUCAUGGAAAUUCAAGAAAUCCUUGGGAAUGGGCAGCAGUAUUAUAUUUGUGAAAUUUUAUUCCUCCCUCUGUUACAUGAAAGCCCUGUUAUAGCUUUUCAUUCUGUAAGAACAAUCUUAUUUGUGAAGUUAGGCAGAGGAUGCCUAUCUUUAUCAUCAGGAAGACAGAGUUGUUCCUCUUUGGAUCCAAAGUAGAGCUCCAGAUGAACAGGAAGUGUCAUUUUUCCAGAGGUUUUUUUCUUUUACAUUAGCUAUAAAAUGUAAAGGUUAAGACUUGAAAUAUGCUUUGGGUUCCCUGCUUCCCCAAAUGCUCCUGUCUAAUUUGAUGAACAUAAAUAGAAUGUAUUGCAGGUUCUAAGUUAUGUUCCCAUGGAUUAUGUUGGUCAUAAGUUUAGAUAAUUGUUAGCCCUCUGCUAUGUAGAGUUUCAUUUUCUGCUUCCUUGGAAUUGCCCUGAAGUUGAGAGUGGGUCAAAGUCUUAACUGUAGUUUUCAAUUAAAUGCCUCUUUUCUUAUCCUUGGCAUUGAAUGAGUCUUUGGUUUUUUCCAUAAUCAAAGUAUUAGGGAGAUUUAAUUUCUUUACGUUAUCCUGCUUUCUGUAAACUAUGCUUUGUCUCUUUGAGAGAAAGUCCCUAAGAUGUUGAGGGUCUGAAAAGUUGAUAAGUUCAAUGUGUUGUUAUAUUUAGGGUCCCAGUCAAGAAGGAGAACUGAAGCAACUGUGAGACACAAGGACAAACCUUCAUGUCAAAUAUGGAGAAUAGUUCACAGGACAGUGACUCACUGGAGGAUAAGCAGCUUCCCUCCAUGAAGAAGAGGUUGCCAUGCCAUUUCUCUGGCUUUCAUGUCUAACCACAUUUUCUGUUGUUAUUGUUCUCUCUAUAUGUUUGUUGGUCUUUCCCAGAGCCCUAAAGAAGGUAGAAAAGGCAUGAAACCUCAAUGAUAAAUUGACAUAAGUUACAUGGGUGACCAAAAAUCAGUGGUGGUAUUGGAAACAUGAAAGCAAACGUUCAAAUAAAUAUUUAACAAAACACUAUACAAAUGUCAUUUUUAUUGUUAUUCUAUUUUAUGAAGAGUGUAGAAAAGUUAGAAGGAAAAUAGUUAUAGAGCUCUAAUUUUUCUCCUAAAUUCUAUCCUUUAUGAACAUUCAGCAAUCAGUCCAUACUCUUGCCUUCUCUCCAUUAUCCCUGUUAUUUCUUAUAAUUCCUUCUGUAAACCUUAGUUGUAUUAUUGAGGAGAAGUAGAGGAAUAGAGUGUCAAGAAGUGGCAGUAGAGGGCAAGAUCAUUAAGAAUAAAUGGAUUAAAUCCAGCCAUGGUGGAAAUCAAAGAAAAUGAUAGGAAAUGGGGCUGAAAGGACUGGGAAGAGGUUUUGGAAGGAACAAAAAACAUGUUGGAGGUGGAGGUGGGUGGGUAGGCUCAGGGUCUAAGAGGUCAGGGUAGGAGGCUGACAGGAACAAGGGAAAGGCACUCGUUCUCGUCACCUUAAUACUCCAUAUUCAUGCUCAAAGAUAGGAACUGACAGAGUGGCCACCAACCACAACCAAGUCCAGGCUUCUGAGUGUUUCUCUAAAUAAUGUUUAGUUAGGUCUUGACCAAACUCAUUCAUUUACAUUUGUUUGUGGUACAAUGGCUGUGUCCAGUAGAUGCAGCAAAGAUUGUAUGUCCCCAAAAGCCUAGAAUGCUUGAUGUUUCUCUAUAUGCCAAACACUUGAGUGAAAAUAAAUUCAUCAUUUGGGGGCCAAAAUUUGACUUGCAAAAUAAGAUCCACUUGGCCUUUUCAAAGCCGAGUUUGAAUUUUGCCAACCCCACUUAGCAUUUAUGUGAUCUAACUACUUGCCAUCUCUAAGUCUCAGGGUCUUUAUCUAUAAGAUGGGAAUAAAUCAUCCCUUUCUCAUAAGGUUGUGAGGAUUAAAUAAGACAAUGCAUAUGAAAGACCUCACACACAGUAAAUUAGAUAGCCUCUAUAUGUAUAUGUAUAUAUUUAUGCAUAUAUGUGUACUUUAAUGAAAUAUCAAUCCAUUUGGGGUGCUACGACAAAAUAACUCAGAGUGAGUGACUGAGUGGCUUAUAAACAACAUUUCCACAGUUCUGGAGACCAACGAGUCUAAGAUCAAGGCCUCAGCAGAUUCACUGUCUGCUGAGGGCCUGCUCCCUGGUUCAGAGACUGCCGCCAUCUUAUGUCUUUGCAUAGUGAAAGGGUAAGGGGGCUCUAGGGCCUCUUUUAUAAGGGCAACUAACCCUAUUCCUGAGAAUUCUGCUCUCAUGACCCAUUCAGCCUCUAAAGGUCCUGCCUCCUAAUACCAUCACUCUGGGGAUUCGAUUUCAAGAUAAAUUUGGGGAGAUACAAACUCAGUCUGCAAUAAGUGGCUAAGUAUCAAUCAAAUAGAAAUUACUUAAGAAUGAAUGUAUCUUCUACAGCUUUUGUUUACCGUUCAAGAACUGUCAGCAUCCAACUGUCUAGCGCAUCAUAGAAAAGGGGCUUCUCCUGCUCUUGCUUCUCUCUGGUGCUGCUCCAUACACAGCCUCCUUGAGACCUUGGGGAAUCUGCUUUUCUCCCUUCAUAGUACCACUUAACCAGGAACUAUCUGAUAGUUUCAGAGACUCAAGUUACUAAUCUAAUUGCAGUUUAAGUAGUGUUAUGAGACUUGGUCUAAGUUAGUUUCACUGGGAACUCUGGCCCUUUACAUUUCAUUAUUUGUUUUGUUUGUGUUUGAUGUUCAGUAUGGCUGUACUCCAACAUGAAUCUUGGAAGUUUUAAUGUUCUGCUUUUCAAAUGUUUUUGGUUACCUACAAACUAAAUUUGUUCUUAUUGGUCCACUGUCAAUAAAGAUGUUGUUUAUAUA